AUGAACGGCACACAGUCUCCCGAUCCCCAGAAGGCUUUAAAUGCCAACAGCAACGGCUCCAACAGCAACAAUAGCAGUCUGGCGGCCAAAAAGCGCAAGAAGGACUUGAAGCCUAUCAUCACCAUGGAAGGUACAAACCAAACAGAAGGGCUACACUACACACCCAAGCGAUUUCAAACCGCUGGUGAACUUUUGCGUGCGCUCCGAUAUCGCCAAAAAAACGAAAAUGGACUUGAUGCGCACCGAAGUCUGUUGAUUGUCUAG